UCCAAGCAACUAUAAAUCAGAUGAUGAAAAAAGGAUUCAAAGAAGAGGUUGAUGCUCAAGUGGCUGAAGUCUUUUACACUAGUGCCAUUCCUUUCAAUGUGAUUAGAAAUCCAGCAUUUGCAAAGAUGUGUGAAAUGAUUGGUAAAUAUGGAGUUGGCUACAAACCACCCUCUUAUCAUGAUAUUAGAGAGAAGCUCUUGAAGCAAGCUGUGAGCAAAACAGAUUUAAUGCUUGAAGAAUACAAGGAGGAGUGGAAGAGAACUGGUUGUACCAUUAUGUCUGAUGGUUGGACGGAUAAAAAAAGACGUUCUAUUUGCAACUUCUUGGUCAAUAGUCCUAAAGGGACGGUUUUUCUUUAUUCUCUUGACACCUCAGACAUUUCAAAAAUAGCUGAUAAAGUUUUUAAGAUGUUAGAUGAUGUUGUUGAGUAUGUUGGAGAAGAAAAUGUAGUUCAAGUUGUCACUGAUAAUGCUGCAAAUUUCAAGGCAGCUGGAGAUUUGUUAUUGCAAAAAAGAGAACGAUUGUAUUGGACUCCAUGUGCUGCACACUGUAUUGAUUUGAUCUUUGAAGAUUUUGAAAAGAAUUUGAAGGUCCAUGAAUUGACAAUCAAGAAGGGAAGAAAGAUUACCACUUACAUUUAUGGAAGAACAAUGUUGAUUUCGAUGUUGAAAAAGUUCACUAAAGGUAGAGACUUGAUAAGACCGGGUGUGACUAGAUUUGCAACGGCAUAUUUAACUCUUGGUUGUCUUCAUGAAUUGAAGGCAUCAUUAUUGACCAUGUUUAACUCCGAUGAGUGGACGACAAGCAAAUUUGGAACUUCACAAGAGGGGAAAAGAAUAGAACGUGUGGUAUUAGACAGCCGGUUUUGGAAGAAUGUCUCCACAUGCUUGAAGGCCACUGCCCCUCUUAUGGUGGUCUUAAGAUUGGUGGACUCAGAUGUAAAACCCGCAAUGGGUUUCAUUUAUGAAGAGAUGGAUUGUGCAAAAGAAAAGAUUAGAAACAAUUUUAACAAUAUUCAGAAGAGUUAUGAAGAGGUUUGGAGAAUAAUUGAUGCUCGAUGGGAUAGUCAACUUCAUAGGCCUUUACAUGCAGCUGCCUAUUUUCUCAACCCCCACUUCCACUAUGAACCUAACUUUAGAGGUGAUGAUGGUGGAGAGGUUAAAGAAGGACUGUAUGAGUGCAUGAGAAGAAUGGUGCCAGAUAUUGCAGAAAGAAGAAAAAUUAAUUUGCAAAUUGUUCAAUUUCAUUUUGCUAGAGGGCUUUUUGGAAUGGAAGAUGCAAAGGAAUGCAGGAAAGAAUUAAAUCCUGGUGAAUGGUGGGAGAUGUUUGGUGAUGCAACUCCAGAGUUGAAGAGAUUUGCUAUUCGAAUUCUAAGCUUGACUUGUAGUUCUUCGGGUUGUGAGCGUAAUUGGAGCUCAUUCGAGAUGGUUCAUACAAAGAGAAGGAACCGUUUGCAUCAGAAAAAGAUGAAUGAUUUAGUUUAUGUGAUGUAUAACUUGAAGUUGAAAAGUAGACAACUUCGAAAAACUAUUACUCUACCAUUUGAUGACAUUGAAUCAGAUGAUGAAUGGAUAACUGAAGAGGCAAAUGACGUUGUUGAGAUUGAGCAAGCUGAAGGUGAAAUUGAUGUUCAAAAUGUUCCUUUAGAUGGACCAACAACAGAUCCAGCUCUAGAUGCUCUUGAUCUUGAUAAUAUAACUUUUGAUGCCAAUGAGGAUGCACAUGUUUCAUCAGGGGAGGAGCUGGAUGAAGAUGAAGAUGAUGAUGGAGAUGAUGAUAUCAUUAGAGGAUUAGAGGAUUAAACAUAGACAUUUGAUAUUUCAAUUUAUGUUUUACAGUAUUUGUAUGAACAUAUUUAUUUCAAAUACUUUUAAGCUAUAUAAUUUUAUGGACUUGUUUGAAUUAGGAUAUUAUUUAUAUCAAUUGUUUUUUCUUUGUGAAGUAAACUCUUACGAGUUUACGAUUCGAGUUUACGAUUCGAGUUUACUGGGCUCUCACGAGUUUACGUAAA